CCAUCCGAGAAUCCUGUUGACAGACUCGCACUAGACGAUACCGGCACGUGCUUCGUUAGCCGGUCCGCUGCUGCGCGCUUCCAAGCGUCUCUCCUCUUCUCGCCUCGGCUAGGCAACGGAAUCCUACUUGAAGGAAAGGAACAGAAAGUACCGCCUUGUUGCCAACGAGAAAUUGGGACACGGACAGCCGAAAUGAUGCAGAAAAUCAAAGACCCCGAAAAAAUGAAGGUUUUCGGACUUUACGCCUUCAGAAGGCACAAGGAGGUGAUCCCUCUUGUCGCGAUCAUCUCGGUGGCCACCAUCGGUUGCAUCGCCUUCAGCAUGUACACGAUGACCAAGCCGGAUGUCCAGUUCAGCAGGAAAGACAAGAUCCCGUCAUGGAUGCGGUACAGCCCCGACAAGACACAGAAGCUAUACACGACGAACGAAAACUGGAAGCUCGACGAACGGACCAUCGAGGUGGAGAAACUACGCAAGGAGAUCGGAUCUACGCACUGAGCCUUUGCCAGGCGCUCAGCUCAGCGCGAGUCCGGCACCAUCGGAGCGUUCCUGUGAAGCGUAGGCCGUGAAUUCAGGCACUUAGCCAGUCUGUGGUCGGGUGAACAGAGAAUUUCAGGGAACCGAAGCCUAUAGUUUCAGUUCACUGUGCGAACGCAUUAAACACUAUUCAAAAAUCGUUCAAUUAAGUCAAGUCCAGCCAGGAAACAUACUUUGGCCUAUUUAUUUUCGAAAGUUUCCAUCUCCGGACACGAAGCAAUCUCAGCAAGAAAUCAUAUACAGCUUCGCCGUAUAAGAAU